AUGGGAGAGGCACCAAGAAAGAAGAUUAUCGUAGCCCUAACCGGCGCGACAGGAGCUGCCAUUGGCAUUCACGUUCUCUCAACACUUCGAAGACUGAAUGUUGAAACUCAUCUCAUCAUCAGCAAAUGGGCAGCCGAGACCAUAAAAUACGAAACAGACUACACACCAGCUUCAGUGAGAGCACUAGCAGAUCAUGUCUACAACCCAAAUGACUUAGCCGCACCAAUUGCAAGCGGGUCAUGUCAUGUCGAUGGCAUGAUCGUUGUCCCCUGCUCGGUAAAAACGCUAGCUGCCAUCAAUGCCGGCAUAUGCGAUGACCUUAUCACUCGCGCUGCAGAUGUCUGCCUCAAAGAACGAAGGAGGCUAGUGUUGUCAUUGAGAGAAACGCCGCUAAGUGAGAUACACUUGCGGAACAUGAUGGAGGUGACAAGAGCCGGAGCGAUUAUUGCACCCCCUGUUGUCGGAUUCUACACAAGACCAAGCUCAGUAGAUGAUAUAUUGAAUCAGAUGGUCGGUCGGUUAUUGGACUUGUUUGGCCUGGAAGCUGGGAAUUUUGAGAGGCUGCAUCAUGACCAUCCUCACCCGACCGAAGGCACAACCAUCUAUCAAGAGAAGCGUUCCAACUUGUUCUUGCAGCGUGCUGAAGAUCAAGUGGGCUCGCUGAUCGAGAUUUCGCUCCUCGACCGACCCUCCUCGCGCCCCAACGAUAAGCACGUUCAGAGACCCGGUGAACCGUCACUGCAGACCGUUAUAAAAUUCCGACUUGUACCCAUCGAACGAAUGUCGUCUUCCACCUCGCCAUGUCUUGACGUCGAUGAGACUACGCCCGCCGUUGUUGAGUGGGAACACGAUGGCGUAACCCACUGCUUCGCGAAGCCCGAUCCCAAGAUUGACAGCAUCAUGCUACGAAUUCAUCUGAGCGAGCUGAGCGCAACUGUCGAGCUGCGGUUUCCGAUGAACUUGAAAGGAGUCGAAGGCAUUUCACCUGUUGCGGUCUCCAUCGAUCCCUCUUCCAUCACAUCAUUCGACUUCGCCUUUGCUUCAACGGCACCGGAAGCGGUGCAAGAGAAGUUUAAGCGCCCCGUCGUGUGUCUGAAGUUCGAAACAAACAAGAACAUUCGGCUAUUUGUUCCCACCGCUGCCAAAGAACCGUUGGCCCCUAGCCGAACACAGUCAGGGAAGGUGUUGGAUGCUCUUCGCAAACUCUCUGCCACAACCUCAUUCGGUAUUUACGUCGAUGCUACUAAGCUUUCCAAAGCUGAGCUUCAGUCCAUAAGCGACGCCGUGAAACAAACUCGCUUGGCCUCUUUCCACGACCAACCUGCGAAUACUGAGACGAAGGUCAUCGAUCUCUCCCCGCAAGACGACGCGCCGCCGGCCUACGACGAGACUGGUUCUCCACCGCCAGCUCCCCCAAUCAAUGAGAGAAAGCGCCGCCGCAUUAGCAGCUCGGACGAGGCACGAGAUGAACUCGCUCAAAUUUGGGCCGAGCUCAAGGCGCGGAGUGAAAGGGAUCGACUCGUUCACCAGGAACUCUCAGCCCUGAGACAAGAGAACAGCAGCCUCAGAACAGAUCUCGAUCAGCUACGCCAGCAAGUCGCGACUUUUCGCGAAGACUUUGGCUCCCUGCAGCGUGAUGUCGAACAGCUCCAAGGCCAGGACAAGCACAGCACUGAUGUCCUGGAAGGCUACGAUACGCGCCUGGUCGAGCUACGAGACGACCUAGAGGAUCUGGAUGCCAAGGUAGACUCCAUCCAGGAGCACAGAGACGAAAAUGGAGUCGCACAGUCAUUCCUCGACAGGAGUGAUGGGAUCUUCCUUUACACACUACGAACCCAACCCAAACACGCGCUUCCUUACGGUCUCGCUAAAGUCGAUGCCCCAACAGACCGCAGCCUACAUCCACGAGUCUCGAUCCCCAAUAACAACGACGAACAACCUCGUCACAACACAUAUCCUCUCGUCCGACACGACGAUCGCAAGAGGAGGCUUGGUGCCCUCGUCAUGGGUGACACAAUAUCACGAAGCGAUUUCUUCGAGCACUAUACGCACGGUACUGGGGCUGCUCAGCCUUGA